GUUCUAUUUAGCAGAGUGGACUGUCCCCAAUCAUUGCUAUUUUAUUAGAGACACGGAAAAUGAAACGCUAAGAUAAACAAAGAUAUCCAUCACAUGAUUGCUUUGAAGGAAUAUAUGUAAGUUUGGUGCUUGUUUCCCAAAACCGCAAGUCUGAAAAAAUUAAGUUUCACCAGCCAGAAAGCUUAAACAACACUAACACUUCUCAGUCUCACAACAUGCCACCAACGGUUCAAAGCUUGGAACCAGAGGACCUUGCCACACGUGGCUGCAUAGGGGUGAAUGGAGCUGUCAUAGUUGGUUGUGGUCCUUCAGGUCUUGCAAUAGCUGCUCUACUCAAAGACCAAGGUGUUCCUUUCAUCAUCCUUGAAAGAACCAAUUGCAUUGGCUCUCUCUGGCAAAACUGCACCUAUGAUCGUUUAAAACUUCACCUUCCCAAACAGCUCUGUCAGUUACCCAAUUUCCCAUUCCCAGAUCACUACCCUGAGUACCCAAAUAAAACUCAGUUCAUAGAGUACCUUGAAUCCUAUGCUAAACACUUUGACAUAAAUCCACAGUUCAAUGAAACUGUGCACUCUGCUUACUAUGAUGAAAGUGUUUCCCUAUGGAGGGUCAAGUCCAUUAAGGAAAGCAGUGAAGAAGUUGAGUACAGUUGCAGGUGGCUUGUGGUUGCAUCCGGUGAAAAUUCAGAGAAAGUGGUGCCGGUGUUUGAAGGCUUGGAAGAAUUUGGCGGCCAUGUUGCGCAUACCGGUGACUACAAAUCUGGGAAGAGGUAUAGUGGUGAGCGAGUGCUGGUUGUUGGGUGUGGAAAUUCAGGCAUGGAAGUGUCUCUUGAUCUUUGUAACAACAACGCAAGCCCGUUAAUGUUGGUCAGAAGCUCUGUUCAUGUCUUACCAAGAGAAGUUUUCGGAACAUCAAUUUAUGAAUUUGCAGCUAUGUUGAAAAAACUACUACCUCUUUGGAUGGUGGAUAAGAUACUUCUGACUCUGACCCGAUUGAUUCUGGGAAAUGUUGAAAAGUAUGGUCUGAAAAGGCCAUCCAUUGGUCCUUUAGAACUGAAGAACACUACACGGAUCUCCCCUGUGUUAGACAUGGGAGUAGUUGCAAAAAUUAAAUCUGGUCAAAUCAAAGUGGUUCCAGCUGGAAUAAGAAGAUUCUUGCCAGGGAAAGUGGAACUUGUUGAUGGCAAAGUUCUUGACAUUGAUUCUGUUAUUCUUGCUACAGGGUAUCGCAGCAAUGUGCCAUCAUGGCUUAAGGAAAAUGACUUCUUCUCCCAUGAUGGGAUUCCAAAAGAUCCAUUCCCAAAUGGAUGGAAAGGAAAAAAUGGUAUUUAUGCUAUUGGGUUCACAAGGAAAGGAAUUUUUGCCUCAUGUUUAUAUGCAAAGAAUGUGUGUCGUGACAUUGCCGAGAGCUGGAAAGAGGAAACUAAACAGAACAGCACAGGAGAUGCAAAUGACACUCCUAAGGGACUCACUUUCACAACUGAUGACGCUUUGGCUGCGUUUAAAUUGGUGGAAGAUGAUGGCAAGAAAUCGAAUUGAGCAUAAUAAAACUGGUUACUCUGUUUUGUAUUACUCCUGUUCUGUUAUCUCCUCUGUUUCUGGUUUUAUUCAUCUUUUUUUGUUACUCUAUUUUGUUUUUGUUUUGCUUAUUUUCCUCUCUUGUAGUAAGGGUGGCACCCCUUGGGCCUUUUAAUGAUAAUUUGGCUUGUAAAAAAAAAAACUGAGUAUAAUAAAACUAGAGAUUAAUGGA